GAAAACAUUCAUAACUUUCAGUCAAAUUUAUGAAAUCAUCUAGUAGCAAUUUAUUUUCAUAUAGUUCUUUUUAUUAUCUUCAUUGAAUAAUAAAUUAUGAUUGAAGGCAACAGUUUGGAUAAGGCUGCAAUAUUUUAGUGUUAUUGUUUUACAAAUGCCAGGGUGAACAUAUCAAACAACAGUCAAGUUACGGACGUCAAACACGUGCCAGUACUCAGUAGCCAGUAGUGAGUAGUGAACCUAAGAUCUCAAGGUACCUUCUUGUGGUGGCUUAUCAUCUACAAUUUAAAACCAGCAACACAACCGGCGAAACGUCGCCCUGUAGAAGGUUAGAUGCAAAAUGCUGUCCAAAAGUAUCUCAGAGAUUAGACAAUGUCUUAAAAGUGGAUCGACAACGAAAUCAGAGUUAAUGAAGCUAUGUCAUGACAGGGCCAAGCACGUUAAGGUGCUCAACGCGAUUGUCUACACCAUAGAAAAUCCUCAUAUAGGCGAUGAACAGGGUAGCGAUGUCGAUGGUAUUCCAAUAGUAGUUAAAGAUAACUUUUGCACUAAAGGAAUAAAAACAACCUGUGCAUCAAUGAUGUUAAACGACUUUGUUCCACCUUAUAAUGCCACAGUGGUCGACAGACUAAUUAAAGCUGGGGCAGUUGUUUUAGGAAAGUCUAACUUGGAUGAGUUUGCCAUGGGCUCAGGGACGGUUGAUUCAAUUCACGGACCCACUAAAAACGUCUGGGGUUCGGAUUUGAACUACAGAAUCGGUGGAAAACCCAGAAAAGGAAGACGCGUUUGGAAAAUAGCGGGGGGCAGCUCCGGUGGCAGUGCUGUUGCUGUUGCAACUGGUUCAUGCUUUGCCGCUUUGGGUUCAGAUACUGGCGGUUCGACUCGAAACCCUGCGGCGUUUUGUGGAAUCGUGGGUUUUAAGCCGACUUACUCCUCUGUAUCGAGGCAUGGCUUAAUUCCACUAGUCAACUCAAUGGAUGUUCCCGGCAUCUUGACUAGAACUGUUGAAGAUGCUGCUCUUGUCUAUAAUGUUGUUAGUGGGUAUGAUCCAUUAGAUUCAACAACUGUCCCAGUUGAAAAAAUCAAUCUAGACAAAGUAAACGUAAAAAAUCUUAAAAUAGGGAUACCAAAAGAAUAUCAUUGUAAAGGUAUCAGCAAAUGUAUGUUAGAUACUUGGAAGUUUGUAUCUGACUUAUUAGAAAAAAUCGGAUUUACUGUGAAGCAAGUUUCACUCCCGCAUACAGCAUAUUCAAUAGCUUGUUAUUCAGUACUUAACCAAUGUGAAGUUGCAAGUAAUAUGGCACGAUAUGAUGGUUUGCGAUAUGGUUUUAGAGCUGAUAAUGAUUUCUCUACAAACCAACUUUAUGCAGAAACGAGGAGUAUAGGAUUAAAUCAAGCAGUCAGGGGAAGGAUACUUUCAGGAAAUUAUUUUCUUCUUCAAAAUAAUUAUGAGAAAUAUUUUGAAAAGGCAUUAAAGGUCAGAAGGCUCAUUUGUGAAGAUUUUACCAAAGCUUGGAACGAAGUUGACAUCCUUUUGACGCCUACGACGUUAACCGAAGCGCCAGAUUUUCAAGAUUUUCUCAGUCUUGACAACCGUGAACAGUGCACCAUUCAUGACUACUGUACUCAGCCAGCCAAUAUGUCAGGCUGCCCUGCCAUUUCAAUUCCAAUUAGGCUAAGCAAAAAUGAGAUGCCUUUGAGCUUACAGCUUAUGGCUCCUAAUUACCAAGAAGAAAAUUUGCUCUCACUUGCAAGAUUUCUUGAGCAUGUGAUGUCUUUUCCAAAUUUAGAAAUUGUUGAGAACAGCUAAUAUAAUUUAUUAUUUUUUACUGUAGUCUAAAUCAAUAU